UUGAAAGCAUUAUUUUCCAUUUUGGAUUUCAUGAUGGCUCUAGCAAGGUAUAAGAGAUUAUUUGGCUUUAUAACUCACGUUAUGAUAACUGGACUAAUAUUAGAAAUAGUAAAAUAUCGCUCAUCAGUUUCAGUGACAAGUAUUUUCUCGCAAGCUGUGAAUAUCUUUAUUUUGUUCAUCGUCUCGUAUUUUACGUACAACUUGGUAGAAAGUUUAUAUUUUUAUGAAACAUUGUGUACAAAGAAUAAAGCAGUUCUGAUCACAGGAUGUGACACUGGAUUUGGCCAUGCCGCCGCAAAGCGCCUGGAUUCCAAAGGGUUUCAUGUGUUUGCUAGCUGUCUUUUUCCUGAUGGCAAAGGAGCUUGCGACUUGAAGAACAACUGCUCCGAACGAUUAAAAAUCCUUGAACUGGAUGUCAGAAAAGAUGAUAGUGUGAAAAAUGCUCUAGACUUCGUGAAGGAAAACUUGGGAACUUUAGAAUUUUGGGCUAUUGUGAAUAAUGCUGGUAUACAAAAGGGGUUUGACGUUGAUUUGACAAGCAUGGAUGAUUUCAAAGACACACUGGAAGUAAAUACUUUCGGACCAAUUCGAGUUACUAAAGCAUUCUUGCCUCUUCUGAAGAAAGCGAAGGGAAGAAUAGUUAACAUUGUGAGCAUUUCAGGACGCUUCUCCACUCCUUACUGCACUCCGUAUAUCAUGAGCAAAUUUGCAACUUCAGCUUUCACCGAAUGCCUGAAACAAGAAAUGGAAGUUUGGGGUGUUGAAGUUAUUUCUGUGGAGCCAGAAAUGUUUUACACUCAACUGACAGACAGAGAUGCUUUCGUCAAGCGAAUGGAGGAGUCCCUUAGUUCUUUGGACGCCGACAAGAGACUGGAAUAUGGCGAAAAUUAUCUCAAUAGCUUCAAAACCUUUGCCGAAUUCAUCAUCAACUUUGCAUCCCGGAAAACCUACAUCGUCACCGAUUGCAUAGAAGAAGCUGUCAUUACAAGACACCCAAAGACUGUGUACAGACCCUUCAGAAACAUUCUUUUUAAAGUAGUGGUUCACAUAUUAAUAAGCACACCAAAACCGGUUCAAGAUUUGGUGUCCCGUUUGUAUUUAAUGAUUAAUUUCUUCCCAAAACCAAACGCAGCAAGACUACGCUUAUGUUGUGAAAACAAUAUAAAUGGGUUUAACAAAGUUAAAUAACACAGAAACAUUUAUCGAUAGUUUGAGAUUAGAUCUUUGAGCAUCAAUCAGAAUGAUAGUUUAUGCGAGCUUUUUAAAACUAAGAUACAUGAAAUAACAUUUGUUCUCAAGAUGUAAACAGAAACGAGUGACAUUUUGAAGUCAUUUAACACAUUGUUAAUGCAUUGAAAAAAUAUUGCACUUUGAGAUAAAUUUUUGCUGACCCAUCUAUGCUGGUGUUCAAUACAUAAGAUAAUGUUCACACACGAAAAUGAAGAAUUCCAAUCAUUUUCGUGGUAGUUUGCAUUUAAACUGUUAUGAGACGCUUUGAAUUAAUCCAAAUGCUCCUUUCACUUCUUAAUCAUGCGUAAAAUUGCAAUAUUUGCUCCAAAGCAGCCUCCGGAGCUUUUAUAAAUGUGUUUCAUAUGGCUUUAUUCUAAAUUUAUAUGACAGUCCACAUCAAGUAUCCACAUCCAAAGGUACAAAAUUCAAAACAGACCAAGCAAAUUUUAAAACCAAAAGAACAAUAAAAUUAAUUUAUAACACGAGAAAAGGAUGUUUUAUAACAAGAAGUCCAUGAUUGUCCUAGCAACCCAUGGAUGUAAGGGUCUUCCUACCUCCAUGCAGCAACCCAAUACAAUUUGCUAAUGUUUGUUUAUCUGGGAGCUUUUGGAAUAUGUUUCGCCUUCGCUGCACUGUGAACUGACGAAGACAAAAAUUGCUAGUCAUUUAGCAUCACACAGGAGGGACGAGUGAGUUAGGAUAUCAGAGACACUAGAUAGCCAUGCCUCCCGCUUUUGUAUAUACAGUGAAACCCCGUUUUUACGUUUCUCGAAUCUACGUUUACAAAAUAUCGUUACAAUUCAUUGUUACACAGAAAUUACUUUUGCUAAGAAUUGUUUUCUCAUAGCAAAAUUAGGACUUACUUAUGGAACAGCAAUCGUACUUACCUACUUUCUCUCUCGCUCUUCAAAUUGCUCCAUUUUGUGUUGUUGUUACAUAUCCCUUUCGCUAUAAAGAGCACGAGAAGAUUAGUAGUAGUAUUCAUGGUCAAUUGAGCGUCUUCCAUCAUUUAAAGCGAUUAAGGGUGAAAGUCAGACUUCCUCGUAGGCAAGAUAUGGCAAAUGGAAGCACCAUCUAUCUGAAUUUCGAUGACUUUGAUACAGAUCGGAGUCUAGACAAGUCCUGAUACAGUACUACCCUCAGAAGUAUUGAUUUGUGAUUAAGAGAUUGGAGGGCUUCGAAACCACGGUAGAUAUGUCUUGCAAUAGUUACCACUAGCAUAUGCAGAGCGCCUUCGGUCUCGAGCUCAGUCCUUAACCUAUCAUGUUACCUCGGUGAAUCCAGUAAACUCACUGAAUUACUACUCCUUUAGUAUGUUUUCGUCAUUUAAUUUCAUAAAGUUCAAACGCAUUUUUCUAUUCAGUACUUAAUUUCGUGUUUAUUUUGUCUACAAUAUAUACAAAUUCCGUGUGUGGUAUUGUUAGGUUUGUAUUAUAAUUCAAAAUACAUGUAAAUAAACAUGUCCAAAUUUGACUUGGAAUUUUCAAUUUUUAUCCACUUUUGGAAAUUAAGUAUAUAUAAUUCAUAACUUUAAAAUGAUACGUGUUACAAGAACUUAAUUUGUAUAUUUGUGCUUAGCAAACCAAACUUGAUAUGAAUCGACCAUUUAACUCCAUGUUAUAAAACAAAAAUUAAAUUUUGUUACACAGAGUUAAUAAUAAUCGUCCAAUGUCCCACCACUUCAAGUUCUUCAUGCAUGAAAAUUGCAUGUUUUAAUUCUGUAUAGUAUUUU